AUGAUGCCCAAGGCAGACAGCGGUGCCUUCCUGCUGCUCUUCCUGCUCGUGCUUACCGUCACCGAGCCUCUGCGGCCAGAGCUGCGGUGCAACCCUGGGCAGUUUGCCUGUCGCAGUGGAGCCAUCCAGUGCAUCCCCCUCCCUUGGCAGUGUGACGGUUGGGCGACGUGUGAGGACGAGAGUGAUGAAGCUGACUGUCCAGAAGUGACCAGGGAGGCACAUUCUCUCUAUGGGAAGGACGCUGUGGACACUUGGCAGGCUCGAGCCCGAGGUGGUGACCCUACCCAACUCCACGCAGUGAAUGUGGCACAGCCUGUUCGCUUUAGCAGGAAGUGCCCAACUGGCUGGCACCAUUAUGAAGGCACGGCCAGCUGCUACAGAGUCUAUCUGAGUGGAGAGAACUACUGGGACGCAGCGCAGACCUGCCAGCGAGUAAACGGCUCCCUGGCCACCUUCUCCACUGAUCAGGAGCUACGCUUUGUCCUGGCCCAGGAAUGGGACCAGCCAGAGCGGAGCUUCGGGUGGAAGGACCAACGCAAGUUGUGGGUUGGCUAUCAGUACGUCAUCACCAGCCGGAACCGCUCCUUAGAGGGUCGCUGGGAGGUAGCAUUCAAAGGCCAGACGUGUGUGGACAUCAAAGACAACGUGGUGGAUGAGGGCUUUUCCUUCACUCCCAAAGGGGAUGACCUGUGCCUGAGCUGUACCUGUCAUGGUGGGGAGCCAGAGAUGUGUGUGGCCGCCCUCUGUGAGCGACCCCAGGGUUGCCAGCAAUACCUCAAGGACCCCAAGGAGUGCUGCAAGUUCAUGUGUCUGGAUCCAGACGGUAACAGCUUGUUCGACUCAAUGGCCAGUGGGAUGCGUCUGAUUGUCAGCUGUAUCUCCUCCUUCCUCAUCCUGUCCCUGCUGCUCUUCAUGGUCCACCGGCUGCGCCAGAGACGCCGCGAGCGCAUCGAGUCCCUGAUUGGAGCAAACUUGCACCACUUCAACCUUGGUCGGAGAAUCCCCGGCUUCGACUAUGGCCCAGACGGGUUUGGCACUGGGCUCACGCCACUCCACCUCUCUGAUGAUGGGGAAGGGGGAGCUUUCCAUUUUCACGACCCUCCCCCACCCUACACAGCUUACAAGUAUCCUGACAUCGACCAACCUGACGACCCACCACCACCCUACGAGGCCUCCAUCAACCCAGACAGCAUGUUCUAUGACCCUGCAGAUGACAAUGCCUUUGAGCCAGCAGAAUCCAGCCCACCGGCCGUGGGGGACAGCAGCAGUGAUGGGGCUUCGUCCCGGCACCUAGAGCAGCCUCUACCCUCUACGGGAACCCCUCUGGCAUAUCUGGAAGACUCGGCCGACAGCAGUAGUGCCCUGCUGGUGCCUCCUGCCCCCGUCCCAAGCGAGAGUACCCCUACCGCAGAGGCACUGCUGGGGCGCAGCCUGCACAGCUGCAGUUCCCUCAACACGGUGGUGUAG